AUGGAGGAGGAGAACAUGUUGGCUCCGUCCCUUCAGCAGUUCUCGUUGCGAACAGAGAUGUUGCCGUCGUACAUUCCUGUGAGAGUCGCUGAGAAGAUCCUGUUCGUGGGAGAGAGCGUGCAGAUGUUCGAGACCCACCGGCACGGAGCCACGCGCGCAGGUACAGAGGAGCACAGGUACAGAGAAGCACAGGUACAGAGAAGCACAGGUACAGAGGAGCACAGGUACAGAGAAGCACAGGUACAGAGAAGGACAGAGGAGCACAGGUACAGAGGAGCACAGGUACAGAGGAGCACAGGUACAGAGAAGCACAGGUACAGAGGAGCACAGGUACAGAGGAGCACAGGGACAGAGGAGCACAGGGACAGAGGAGCACAGGGACAGAGGAGCACAGGGACAGAGGAGCACAGGGACAGAGGAGCACAGGUACAGAGAAGCACAGGUACAGAGGAGCACAGGUACAGAGAAGCACAGGUACAGAGAAGGACAGAGGAGCACAGGUACAGAGGAGCACAGGUACAGAGGAGCACAGGUACAGAGAAGCACAGGUACAGAGGAGCACAGGUACAGAGAAGCACAGGUACAGAGGAGCACAGGGACAGAGGAGCACAGGGACAGAGGAGCACAGGGACAGAGGAGCACAGGUACAGAGAAGCACAGGUACAGAGAAGCACAGGUACAGAGGAGCACAGGGACAGAGGAGCACAGGGACAGAGGAGCACAGGGACAGAGGAGCACAGGGACAGAGGAGCACAGGGACAGAGGAGCACAGGGACAGAGGAGCACAGGGACAGAGGAGCACAGGUACAGAGGAGCACAGGUACAGAGGAGCACAGGGACAGAGGGGUACAGAGGAGCACGGGUACAGAGGAGCACAGGUACAGAGGAGCACAGGUACAGAGGAGCACAGGGACAGAGGAGCACAGGUACAGAGGAGCACAGGGACAGAGGAGCACAGGGACAGAGGAGCACAGGGACAGAGGGGGACAGAGGGGGACAGGGGAGCACGGGUACAGAGGAGCACAGGUACAGAGGAGCACAGGUACAGAGGAGCACAGGGACAGAGGAGCACAGGUACAGAGGAGCACAGGUACAGAGAAGCACAGGUACAGAGAAGCACAGGUACAGAGAAGCACAGGUACAGAGAAGCACAGGGACAGAGGAGCACAGGUACAGAGGAGCACAGGGACAGAGGAGCACAGGGACAGAGGAGCACAGGGACAGAGGAGCACAGGUACAGAGGAGCACAGGUACAGAGGAGCACAGGGACAGAGGAGCACAGGUACAGAGGAGCACAGGUACAGAGGAGCACAGGGACAGGGGAGCACAGGUACAGGGGAGCACGGGUACAGAGGAGCACAGGUACAGAGGAGCACAGGUACAGAGGAGCACAGGUACAGAGGAGCACAGGGACAGAGGAGCACAGGGACAGAGGAGCACAGGUACAGAGGAGCACAGGUACAGAGGAGCACAGGGACAGAGGAGCACAGGGACAGAGGAGCACAGGUACAGAGGAGCACAGGUACAGAGGAGCACAGGGACAGAGGAGCACAGGGACAGAGGAGCACAGGGACAGAGGAGCACAGGUACAGAGGAGCACAGGUACAGAGGAGCACAGGUACAGAGGAGCACAGGUACAGAGGAGCACAGGUACAGAGGAGCACAGGUACAGAGGAGCACAGGUACAGAGGAGCACAGGUACAAGGGAGCACAGGGACAGAGGAGCACAGGGACAGAGGAGCACAGGGACAGAGGAGCACAGGGACAGGACGGGAGCACAGGUACAGGGGAGCACGGGUACAGAGGAGCACAGGUACAGGGGAGCACAGGUACAGGGGAGCACAGGGACAGUGGAGCACAGGUACAGAGGAGCACAGGGACAGGGGAGCACAGGUACAGGGGAGCACAGGUACAGGGGAGCACAGGGACAGAGGAGCACAGGUACAGAGGAGCACAGGUACAGAGGAGCACAGGUACAGAGGAGCACAGGUACAGAGGAGCACAGGGACAGAGGAGCACAGGGACAGAGGGGGGCAGGGGAGCACAGGUACAGGGGAGCACAGGUACAGGGGAGCACAGGUACAGAGGAGCACAGGUACAGAGGAGCACAGGGACAGGGAGCACAGGUACAGAGGAGCACAGGUACAGGGGAGCACAGGUACAGGGGAGCACAGGUACAGAGGAGCACAGGGACAGAGGAGAACAGGGACAGAGGAGCACAGGUACAAGGGAGCACAGGUACAGGGGAGCACAGGUACAGAGGAGCACAGGGACAGAGGAGCACAGGGACAGAGGGGGACAGGGGAGCACAGGUACAGAGGAGCACAGGGACAGAGGAGCACAGUGACAGAGGGGGACAGGGGAGCACAGGUACAGAGGAGCACAGGGACAGAGGAGCACAGGGACAGAGGAGCACAGGGACAGAGGAGCACAGAUACAGAGGAGCACAGGGACAGAGGAGCACAGGGACAGAGGCAAAGUCUCUUCUGUACCUGUGCUCCAGAUUCAAUCCUCAAACACCAGGAGGACGUGUUUGCUUCAGAGCUGCACCGACUCAAACAGGAGCCACUCUUCAGCCUCGUGGACUUCGAUGAUCUGAUGGACCGCAUCAGGAGCACCGUGGCUGAGCACCUCUGGACCCUGAUGGUGGAGGAGGCCAACCUGAUCGAGCAGCUCAAGAUCAUUAAGGACUUCUUCCUCCUCGGUCGUGGGGAACUGUACCAGGUCUUCAUCGAUCUGGCUCAGCACAUGUUGAAGACUCCGCCCACCGCUGUCACUGAGCAUGAUGUAAACGUGGCGUUUCAACAGGCGGCUCACAAAGUCCUACUCGACGACGACAACCUCCUCCCACUGCUGCACCUGACCGUGGACCAGGGCAAAGACUCGGGCAGAGAGGUGCAGCCCCAGGACUCCUCCCCCCGGGACCCUCCCCAGAGUGGGUGGGCCGCUCUGGGUUUGUCGUACCGAGUCCAGUGGCCUCUGCACAUCCUGUUCACCCCCGCAGUGCUGGAGAAGUAUAAUGUUGUUUUCCGAUAUUUACUGAACUUGAGGAGAGUCCAGUCACAGCUGCAGCACCUGUGGGCGCUACAGAUGCAGAGGAAACACCUGAAGUCCAGUCAGAGCGACGCCCCCCAGUGGAGACUACGGAAUCACAUGGCCUUUCUCAUCGACAACCUGCAGUACUAUCUACAGGUGGACGUCCUGGAGGCCCAGUUCUCGCAGCUCCUUCUUCACAUAAACUCGACUCGUGACUUUGAGAGCAUCAGGUUGUCACAUGACCACUUCAUCAGCAACCUCCUGGCCCAGUCCUUCAUCCUGCUCAAGCCGGUCUUCCACUGUCUGUGUGAGAUCCUGGACCUGUGUCUUUCCUUCUGUUCGUUAGUUUCACAAAACUCAAGUUUGGACGAAAGAGGUUCUGCCCAACUGGACCUGCUCGCCAAGGGCUUCAGGAGACAGUCCUCGCUUCUCUUUAAAAUUCUCUCUUCGGUCCGAAAUCAUCAGAUAAACUCUGACCUGGCUCAGCUGCUGCUGCGGCUGGACUACAACAAGUACUAUACCUGCAGCGGGGGCACUCUGGGGAGUGUGUGA